AUUUGAGGCCACAGACGGCCAGUCAAUGAUGGCGUAAAGCAAGCUUUGUUGACGUUGUGAAGAGACGACUCGUACUGAAAGGCACCAUGCGAUAGCCUUCAGCUAUCGACAUGUAUCAACGGCCCGGCCCGAGACUUUGCCUUGGCGUUCCCAAGUCGGCGAUUGAGCAGGACUGCCAAAAUUUGCAAAAUGCGCCCUGAUCUUCACGCAGGCAAGCGGGGUUGCCACAUCAUCAAGCCUCGGACUUUCAUGGGUUCAUGCGGUCUCUUCUCGUCAGUAUGUGAAGUGGCAGAAUCAUCUUCCGUAAUUGGGUGACUGGAUGAAGGGCAUGCAAGGUUUUUCUGGUCAUCCUGGCAUUGUACAAGUCUAAUGUCUGAUGUGCUUGGAUCAUCGGGGUCAGCCAUAUUCCUCAUUGCGCGUUUGUGCUGUGGCACGAUACACCUUCAUCAUUUCCCACAGCCGCGGGCAUAGAGGUGACCAUGAGCAAGAAAGCGCCUUCAUGGGCAAAUCGUUUACUUUGCCUCCGAAAUCGAUUUAUGUCACCGGAGAUUGAAACACAGGAUGCUGAGCACGAGACUCGGACACGCGCAGCCCGUCGGAUUUCAAAAACAAUCAUCGAUACUCACCGGCAAUUAUUGCUUCUCCCAGAUCUCACCCCGGGAGAGCUUAUCAAUUCCAUGCUUGGAGAUUUAGUAGCAAGUUGCUGUGAAGUCCACACCACAUGCACCGUCACUGAAGUCCUCUCGAACGCCGAUAUCCGAUCCAUCCUGCCCUCUCUCAGACAGAAGUGUGCCGAGGCAGAGUAUCAGCUCGAGGCUCACUGGGCGGAGUACAUUGGAAAUGCAAAGGACAGGUUCGAGGCAGAAUCGCGACUGAAGCAGUUCCCGUACCACCAGAACUACACCGACCUCACUCGACUGGAGAUAUCUGCUUUGUUAUCCGUCGCGGAUUCCUUGCCACGAAGAAUAGCCUUUAUCGGUUCUGGGCCAUUGCCUCUGUCGUCUAUGUUUAUGCUCGACCUGGUGAAUCGUUGGCAGCAUCUCCGAUCCGGGUCAAAACGGCACGACGAAUUCUCAACCAACACAGCCACAAUCCUGAAUAUAGAUCAUUCCCGAGCAGCCAUCACAAGUUCAUCAUUGAUGGUAUCUAAGCUACGUAACGGAAGAGAAACCGAUAGCGGCAUUGAUGUGAAUGAUCAGGAUCUCGACACCACGUCGUGUGGAGACUUGAAGUUCCUCUGCCAGGAAGCUGCCGUUAGCGACUUGGCCGACUUUGACACGGUCUUCCUCGCCGCUCUUGUCGGACAAACUAAGCGCGAGAAGGAGCAACUCAUACUGAGAGUGGUGUCAAAAAUGACGUCUGGCUCCAUGUUCGUGGUGCGAACCAGCUGGGGUCUCCGAACCUGCUUGUAUCCGGAGGUCGACUUGGCGACGGAAGCACUGGCACCAAGACUUAAGAUAUGUUCUGUCGUCCAUCCCUACAAUGAUGUCGUCAACUCCGUCAUCGUCGCUCAAGUACGAUAAUUCCUCGAUGCGUGAAGCUUAUCAAUGGCGGUCUGUGGCUGCGCACUGCGUGG